CUUGUGACAUCAUCAGCUCUCUUCCGGGGCAUGUGUGGUCAAAGUAAAAUGUAAACAAAGUGCCUACCACAUUUUUUCACGAUACAACAGUUUCGAUCAUAUAGAUGCUAUUGAAACGCGAGUUUUCCUUCGCUGUAGAAUGUCGGCAAUAUAUUAAUUAUUACUCACAGAAUGCACAUGCAACAGCGUGCAAGCUAAUGUGAGCAAGCCGACAACUUCUGACAGCCACAACUUCUAGUUAAGGAGCCCAAAUGUCAGAGGCUGGCGAGCAGAUGGGUUCUGUUCGCUGGGCUUUUCGCUGCGCGUCGUGGACUCCUGGCAGGGCUGACUGGCUCUUUGCUGCACGCUGUAUUCAACCGGAAGAGAAAGACCGAAUAGGAAAGUUUGUAUUUGCUAAAGAUGCCAAAUCAGCCAUGGCUGGCAGGUUGCUGCUGAGGAGGUUCGUGUGUGAGAGGAUACACGUUCCCUGGACACAUAUCUGCUUGAAACGAUCACCGAGGGGGAAGCCUUAUCUGGUUGCACCGCUUCAAGAUCGACCUCAGACCUGGAACUUUAACAUCUCCCACCAGGGCGACUAUGCGGUGCUUGCUGCUGAGAAGGGGAUGGAAGUUGGGAUUGACAUCAUGAAGACAUCCAUGCCUGGUAGCAGAACUGUGCCCGAGUUCUUCCGCAUCAUGACUCGUCAAUUCACGCCGUACGAGUGGCGCGUCAUCCGGUCAGCCGGCUCCGAGCAGCAUCAGCUCGCAAUGUUCUACCGCCACUGGGCCCUGAAGGAGAGUUUCAUCAAGGCCAUCGGCACAGGACUGGGCUUCAAUCUGCAAAGGUUGGAGUUUCAUCUGUCCCCUGAACCUCUCACACAGGCCCAUGUGCUCUGUCAAACCAGAAUGCACCUGGAUGAAGAGGAUGAGGAGAACUGGUUGUUUGAAGAGAGUUUACUUGAUGGCGAUCAUCAUGUUGCUGUAGCAUUGGGACACAAUGCAAAUUGGACCUCAUCUCUUCCUCCGCCCACUGCUUUCACACUGUUGACGUUCACUGACCUCAUCGCAUCGGCAUCGCCUCUGACAGACGAAGACCCCGCCUACUGGGAAAGCUUCAGAAUGAAGGCCGAAGCACCUUUAAGACACAGACCUUUAUGUCAGACGUGAUCUCAGACAUUCAGAGCAUGAAGUGGUCACAUUUGAACAUUUACAGUGUUCCAGGACUCUUCACCAAUAGAGACAAAAUGGUAUUUGAGUGUUCAGUUGGCUCAAGAUUUUGCUUUAUACCAUAAUUUAUGCUCGUAUAUAAGUGAAAUGUGAUUUACGUAAUGCUAUUAUGCUCUUCAAAAAAUAUUCACAACAUGGACAUUUUUUUAAUUAAGCACACCCCAGACACUUCAUUAAGGGCACCAAACUUGUGCCUGCUUGGACGCCUUCAGAACAUUUUUAAUUAUUCAUGGUAGUAUGGACUACACAGUACGCACUGCCAUGUUCAAGAAUCUACUUUCAGAUGAUUUCAUCUCUAUGAAGUGUGAAGUGUCCUUGAAGAAGCAAUGGAGGAUCAUGCUACUUUUUGCCCAUUCAAGGGACAGAUGUGGUUAGCUCAGCAACAAUAUUAUUAUGAUUAUAACUCGCACCCGUAACUUCUGUGAUGGUUAUUAUAUCUUAUAUUAUAUCUUCCCUUAUAAAAGAAAAGCAAGCAUGAAUGAAUAAAGAGAACUUAGUCAAUA